CACCAUCAGCAGCCCACCCACCCUCAUGGCGGCUUCUUCUAUUAUGGGCUGGCACUGGGCCUUUGCAGCCCGACUAAAAGGCCCAGGUUGUUGUCAAAAAAAAAAAGGCCCAGGUAGAUGCCAACAUGGCGAGGCGACGACGCAAGCUGAUCCUGAUCCGACGGCUGCGCGCCAGAAUCUCUCACCACCACACACACACACACACUGCCUCGAUCGUCCUCUCUUCUUCCUCUCCCCGCUCGCAAUCGCAAAUCGCAAUCGCAAUCGGUGUCUCCUUGCGAGAAAGAAACCGAGGAGGAUGAAAACAGGAAAGAUGGCUUUGCCUUCCUCAAGCAUGAGAGCUGCAUCCUCCACGGUUUACCCUGUCUACCUUAGUCUCCACCACCACCCCAACAACCACCAUGCUUCUUUGCGUCUCUCCAGAGCAAACCAUGACAAUACCCACAAAUGCACCCAGUCACCCAAAAUUCUUAGACGGUCUCUCUUCUCCCUACCUGCCUCAUUUCUUCUCCUCCACACAUCCUCCUCCCUUGCUGUAGAUGACACAAACACGCCAUCCACCUCCACAAUCGACACCACGAUUACAGAUCGCAUCUUCAUGGACUUCAGUGUCUGUCCAAGCUACUUUCGCUCAGACAGACCUCUGGGAGCCGAGCUUUCCUCAUGCCCUGAUUCUGAGCCUCUUGGUCGUGUUGUCUUUGGUCUCUAUGGUCGGCUUCUCCCCGUUACUACUGCCAAUUUCAAAGCUACGUGUACUGCAGCUGCAUAUAGGGGCACUCUUGUCCACAAGCUCCUUCAAGGACAGUUUUUUGCUGCUGGCAGACAAGGUUCUCGGCGUGACAAGGGUGAGGUCGAGCCUCCCUCGGGCCUUGUUAGGAAUUCUGAGACUGUUAACCCUAAAGCAUUCGAAUUAAGGCAUACAAGGCCUGGCACGCUUUCCUUAUGCCUUGGACAGAAUGAUGAUGAUGAUGACAUCAAGCUCAACCCUAAUUAUCACAAUGUUGAAUUCUUGGUUACUACAGGGCCAGGACCCUGUCCCGAGCUUGAUGGCCAGAAUAUUGUCUUUGGGACUGUAUUGGAAGGAAUGGAUGUUAUCACCAGCAUUGCAACCAUACCUACCUACAAACCAGCUGAAAGAAUCCGCCUCUUCAACGAUUUCGCACAGCUGAUUGGAGAUGAAAGGGCUCAAACUGCUCGGGCAAUGUGGAACCGCCCACUUAAGACUGUAUAUAUCAGCGACUGCGGGGAACUGAAAGUGACCAAACAAUCUCUUUCCCCUCCAAGCUUGCCAUGACUUGCAGUGUCAUGACAUUAUCCACAUAACCAAUUUUGUGUCUCUAUUGCUCGGGUCAUCUCUCUGUACUCUAUGAGGUGUAUAUAUUCUGUUAUUAAACUUAUGCAUGUUCCAUGAGCUGUAUAUAUAGCUUCUGUUAUUAACUUGUACAUGUUCCAUUGCUGACAAAAUGACUGUAUUAGAAUACUUUCUCGAUUCUCUUUCUAUAUAUCAGCUGCAGCUUGUAGAACCUUGGAACUCUGAUGAGUCAUGGCCAACUGUACAAUUUUUCCAUGUGGAAAACAUUGUUAUCGCUGAUACCA